UUUAUUUUAGAUUAUUCUUCAUUAGUUAAAAUCUACUCGCUUGCCCGAGAAAACCUGCUUACACUAGUAUUAUCAAAAUUACACGUAUUAACUCGCGAAAUGUCCUGGUUGGACUGAAUAGGCGGAGUCGAAGGCGGGGUCCGGGGAUGUUGUUACGUCAAGACAACAAUGACAUUCAGCUUUACAUUAUUUGAUCGACGUUAUGUACAUACAAAGCAGAUGACAUCAGUGUUGCAGACCAUGUCGCAGCUGAUAGGCGAGUGGUUGGAUGUACAAGGAAUCCUUAUAUUUCUGUGUGUUCUACUGUUCGUGAAACAUCUGCGUGAUGUUUACUUGAGGAACUUGCCGCCCGGUCCCUUCCCUCUGCCAUUUAUUGGAAACCUGCUGGAUGUAGGCUUUAAAGAUCCACUUGGCUCCUUUCAGAGGAUAUCUGAGCAGUAUGGAGACGUAUGCACGGUUUUCUUCGGAAGCAAACCUUUUAUUAUGUUGACUGGAUACAAGAACUUCAAGGAGGCCUUUGUGGAACGGGCAGACAUCUUCACGGACCGGCCGUCGUUCCCUAUAAGCGAAAGGCUCAGUGAGGGAAAAGGUCUGUUCAUGACUAGCGGGCACAUGUGGCGUCAGCAGAGGCGGUUUGCUCUGUCCACACUGAAGUACUUCGGCGUGGGGAAGAAAACUCUAGAAAACGCUAUCUUGCAAGAGUGUCGCUUUCUCAGUGAUACCAUACGGACUGAACGAGGUUUGCCCUACAAUCCUCACCGUGUUUUGGUCAGCUCUGUGUCCAACAUUAUCUGUGGCUUAAUGUUCGGUCACAGGUUUGAGUAUGAUGACCAUAACUUCCAUUUGAUGCAGAAGUACAUCGACGACAUCCUACAGCUUCCAAUCUCUACCUGGGGUCGGUUAUAUGAUCAGUUUCCCACCCUGAUGUCGUUGCUGCCUGGAAAGCAUCAGACUGCAUUUGCCAGCAUGUCUAAACUUAAGCCCUUUAUUCAGGAGGAAAUCCGGAAACAUAAAGAGGAUAGAGAUCCAUUUAACCCCAGAGAUUACAUUGACUGUUAUCUGGAUGAAAUUGAAGUUUGUAAUGACAGGGAGGCCGAAUUCACGGAGGAGAACCUGAUCUACUGUGCGGUGGAUUUAUUUGCAGCGGGGACAGAAACAACCUCCAACACUCUCAACUGGGGUUUACUCUUCAUAGUUAAAAAUCCAAAAGUGCAAGAGAAAGUCCAGUCUGAGAUUGAUCAGGUUAUCGGACAGACGCGGCAGCCAGUGAUGGAUGACAGGAUACACCUUCCAUACACGUACGCCGUUAUCCAUGAAAUCCAGAGGGUUGCAAACAUCAUUACCAUCACUCCUCCACGAGUGGCCAACAAGGACAUUAGAGUGGCUGGACAUCUCAUUCCUAAGGGUGUGGUAGUGUUUCCCUUGCUAAAGCCAAUCCUAGAGGACAAGAAUGAGUACAGCACACCACUCGAGUUCAACCCCGCACACUUCCUGGAUGAAAAUGGCAAAUUUUUGAAGAAGGAAAACUUCAUACCAUUUUCAAUAGGUAAGAGGAUGUGUCCAGGUGAGCAGCUGGCACGUAUGGAGCUCUUCCUCUUCUUCACCUCUCUGAUGCAGAAUUUUACCUUCCUGCCUGUUGAGGGUCAAACACUGAAUGUGAAAAGAACGAUUAGUGUCUCGGUCGCACCUGAACCCUUCAACAUACGAGCUAUUCCUCGAUGAUGUCCAGUUUUUUAUUAUUCAAGACUGCAGAAUCACACGAAGUCUUGUCAAACCAGUAGAUGGCGCCAUACGGUUUCUCACAGACUCAUUAUGAUUCCCAUUUCAUCUACUUGUAUCAUGCACUAAAAGGACAUACUCGUUUUUGUUUAAGGAAAUAUACAUACUUUUUGAGUAUGUAGCAAGAGGACAAACUAACUUGUAACAGAGGUGAACCUGGAAGGCGCAUCAAUGUACAACUCAGACUUACAUUUCAGCUUUUCGUCAUUUAUUAUUUGUCACCCUGGAUCACAAAACCAGUCUUAAGUAGCACAGGAACAUUUUUAGUAAAAGACAAAAAUACAUUGUAUUGGUCAAAAAUAUAAAAUUUUCUUUUAUGCCAAAAAUGAUUAGGAUGUUAAGUAAAGAUCAUGUUCCAUGAAGCUUCCAUGAAUUUCCUACCUUAAAUGUUUUUAACUUUAUUAUGGUGAGUGGAUGGCCUGCCACAUUGCCCCUGAUUAACAACUUCAAAGGCCAUUUUCUCAAUAUAUAUAUUUUUUUGCACUCUCAGAUUACAGAGUUUUAAAUGGUUGUAUCUCAACCAGAUAUUGUCCUAUUCUAACAACUACAUCUUCAACAUACAUCAAUAGAACCUUUAUUUAUAACGCUUUCAGAUUAGAUAAAAAUCUCAAUUUCGAAAAAUUGAUACCAUAAAAUUGCUUUUGUUGUACAGGGUCACAUUUCAGUAUAUUUGGGUUUAUCAAAUUUAUCUCAUGAAAUAAAAAAACUUGCUUACUUUUUGCCUGUGACAUUAUCAAUAGACAGUGAAUUGCCCUACAUUACAUGAAU